UCCACUCAGUUGACUGGACGUUCAACCUCGCGCACGAAAGUGUACAUGCUCACUUCGAGACCCACCGAGAGGAUGCUUUUAUUGUAUCCCAGCUUCGAUUCAACCUCAGGUGCCCUCCGCAUGAUAAUAACCAGUGGCUCCUGUUGGACCAUUUUCAAGGAAGGAGGCAGAAUUUUCUAAAGCUUAGUCGCAUGUUCCAACCUUGGAUCAGCAGGAUUAGCAUUGAGAAGUGAUGGGCGUGUUUCAUCCUUGGCAGUGGUUUUUCCUUCAGUAGCAUUGUUCAGUUUAAUACCGUCAACGCUGGCUACACGGGAAGUACUGUGCUUUGAUACUCCCCGAGGCAGGAUUCCGUAAAAAAAAAAACCAAAACCUGGGGAUUAUCAACAGCGUACCGCAAGGUGUUCACCGAAGGACGCAUCGGUGUUGUUCCGCUGCACUUCACUAGAUGGAACUUGAAAAUUCUCUUUAGAAUUUUUUUUUUAAAUUUGGACUCUGCUAUUGUUCUAUCUUGCUUUCGUCAUGCCGUGACACGCACGAUUGACCGAAUGCGACAGUCCAUUGUAUCAGAGUGUCUUAUUUAAACAGUCCUUCACUUUUCGCACCCUUCAGAAUUUUGUUGGAAAACAAAAGGCAUAAUGGUGACGGCACUGCAGACGGAAGUUGCCUUAAAACGGCACGCUUGAAGGUAGCAUUACUUUCAGUACACGUACUUCGCUGUGUAGAUCCUCACUACUGAAUGGAACGAACCCCUCGAACCCGUUGACGAUUUCGAACUUCAAGUUUUCGGAUUGAGCACGUUCAUCCUGUCGCGAUCAAUGAAGACGCCGUCUAUCGAAACGCCGACCCCGGACGGACUGACCGAGAUCCGAUUCGGUGAAGGGGGCGGCUACACGGGUGCGGACAUGAGGGUCAUGGCGGGCCCCCGGGAGUCCCCCUGCAAGGGUACCUUGGUGGUGGAAUCGGCCCAGGCUCACACCCUGGGCCACGGCAUGAAUCAGGACGUCACCGACGCCCGGAUCAUGGUGCUGGGGGCAGAGAGCGUCGGAAAGUCCGCUGUCACCGUUCGAUUUCUCACGAAGAGGUACAUCGGAGAGUAUGAAUCUAACAUUGAUCUUCUGUACCGACAGACGGUUGUGCAUAAUGAGGUUCCUGUGUACAUGGAGGUACUGGACACCUGUCCCAAGGGUGAGCAGCUGUCUGAGCGCGAUUCUCACUUACGCUGGGCCAACGCUUUCGUCAUUGUGUACAGCGUGUGCAACCGGACUACUUUCAAAGACGUGGAGACCCAAGUGAAGCACAUACAGAUGACCAAGUCUCCCUGCUCCGUCCCCAUCGUCAUCAUCGGCAACAAGGCCGACCUGGAGCAUCGGCGGGAGGUCAUGCUGGACGAGGGCCGCGACCUGGCCGAGGAGUACGGCUGCUACUUCUUCGAGGUGUCAGCCGCGGACGGCUACACCGAGGUGCGUGAAGCGUUUCUGGCCCUGCUGAAGGAGGUGUACGAGGCAACCAAGAACAAGCUGCAGGUCAAACGGCGGAGGAGCAGUGUCACGCGCAAUGUGGCCAACAAGGUCAUGCAGGCGAUGUUCGGCUCUCCCAGGAGAUCUCGCAAAAUCUCGUUGCCCUAACGAUGGGAAAAUCGUGCAGGUUCAAACCGUCGUCAGUAACAACUGAGAAACAUACUUGCCAUUUUGCCCCUAUAUUUGAUAUAAUUUUGUACAUAUUACAAUCAGAAGUCAAUCUACACAUGCAAAAUGAAAAAAAAUGUAACAAUGCACGAUGACAGCGAAGACUGUUUUGUAAUGUUUGGAACAAAAAGUAUUUGAGAAGCACGUUUGCUGCGUUUUCUGUAAUUACUAUACAGAGUCAGCCUGGAAACGUUCCUAACUACUGCCGCAUUCGAGGUUCUUAUUACAAGACGACGAAGGAUAUCUUCAUGAAGUGGACUGUGGCUACACAAUUUCAUUUUGUACACUUUAUUUUUAAGGACUCUUGUGGCUGUUUUCAACGCAGAAGAAAACUUCGCAUUAGGAAUGUGAUUCAGCAUGGCAAACGCAAUGCGCUGUGGGGACGUCCUUCUUUCAUUCACGUGACAAAUUCCACCCUAGAGGACCGCAACAAGUGUUUGUCCCGCUGCUCAUGGUGACGCUCUGUGUAGAAAGCGAUGGCAGAAACAAUAACCAUUGCCAACCGUCUCCACGCGAAAAAAAUAGCUUUACGCCGUCUGUCACUCUAGAUUCUGAUCUCCUCCCCAAAGGAAAAAAAAAAUUAUUGGGAUUUUUAGCACCCUCGUUGAUGGUUGAGUAUAGACUUAAGGGUUCCUCAAAAUGCUCAAGAUUUUUAAGGCAGAGAAAAUGCUCCAAGUAAACUCACAUAAUGCAGUACUUUAAAUUAACACGACAACUCUCUUUGAAGAAACAUUAGAUUGUGUACGGUAUGCUACACGUAUACAAUAUUGCAAUCACCAACGAUGUUGAUGUGUGAUAACAAAGAUAAUUCUUGUCUGACGCCUGUUUACAUGCACGUGUUUAUUUUAUUACUGUCCAUAACUGAUGAACAGGCAUAUUAUAUAUACAAACGCUAUCUAAAAGGCUUAAGUUUAUAUACUUUGAACAGGAGUACAGCUCGUCACACUUGUUUGUAAGUAAGCAUAUCUUAGUCUUUUUGUGGGACGAGUUUUUCGUAUAAAAUUACAGUUAGAUCAUCAUAUUUUUGGUAUUUCAUCCAUGGAAUCGAAAGGUAUGCAACCCAGUUUUAAGAAAUCGAAAGACUGUGGGCACCAGCAAAAGUCAAAGCCGAUGACCGUUCGGGAACGGUCCGGGGAAGAUUUCAUUUCAUCCUUGCACCCAUGAUGCUCGUCCUUAUGACAGACACCAACACAGUGUUAUGUGCAAUAUUUUGUAAAUACGAAAUAACUUAAGUAUAAUAUGCCAAAAAGUUUAAACCCAAACGCUGCACCGAUUGAAUUUGUACACUGAAGGCCAGUUCGUGCUUAAAGCGAAAACGAACGCUGUGAAUAAGUGGCUAGGCGGCAAAUUCAAGACAAUUUAUCAAAAUUUGCAGACAUGCCACUCUGGCGAACUGUCAGCCUCGUACAGGGUUUCUUAAAGUCUGUUUCGCUUCUCAUUUGCAUUCGUGUUUUAAUAACGACCCGGCCUCGUGACAACAGCUCGCCGAAUUGUGUACGCACGUGUAAUCACAUUGGAACUACUGAGGGCGCUAUACUACCGUGGCAGUUCCACUCAUGGCGCCACCGUUGUGGAGUUCGUUAAAAUUAAGUUUGGUGGUCGCAUAGGUCAUUCAUGUCUCAUUUCAAUUUAAGUGAGUCAGAUUUAACAAUACAUGUAAAACUACGCGUAUAAGCUGUCAACCUUGCCUUUGAAGGCCCCUAGACAGUUCCAUCAUUAUUUCUUUUGGCCUGAUAAUGUAAUAAAAGAUAAUCAAGUUGAA